CCUCAAAUCAUAAAUACCCGACUGUCGCCGAGCUCUCCACGGGAAACCUGGAUGGCUAUCCUAAAUAUGAUUGGGUCCAUCCUGGUCAAGGAAUGGUCAUUGACCGCAUUGACCGUGGCUGGAGCCCGAUCGAAACUCUCAAAGAAGCUUUAAGUGCCUACGCGAUUCUUAAUGAAAUUUGGCACAUCGAUCCUCUCAGGGCCGAGAAAGAGGCAAGCAAAGAUAUCGCUCUCAGCACACAGGAUUAUCACGAAAAAAUAUUCCAUGUCACAUGGCAAAUGACUGUAAACAAGUACAUCAACCGGAAGAUACCGGAUUGCACCCCUUUGCUUUCCAUGAGGGUCACGCAGUUUCCUAGUCGAACGUGGGACUGCGCACCCUGGCUGCCAGAUUCAAUUACGCAUCCUGAAAACGGGACGUGGAAUCCAGCUCCAUGGCUUAAGUGGAAGAACGUUACGGAAUCCAUGAACGACGAUUGGGGAAUUAGUGUGGUAGGCCGGCCCGUAGGAGAGUUUCGGAUAGAAUAUGGGCGUUACACAAAUAGCACGGCCGAACUGGUGCUUGAUGAUGGUCCCACGAAAGGUUCACUGCGUCUAAAGGCAUCAGCCAUCAAGAAAAUCGCUCAAAUUAAAUUUGGCCGGUCAUUUGGCGAUGGUAGUGGCGAGGUUAUGCGACUGUUGAAACUAAUCAUCCAGCUUCAGAAAGAAUACGACAUCUCGGCAAUUGUCAUUCUACUCUUGCGUGCGGCGGAAUAUACACUCCGCCAUCGCGUGCAAGGGGGAGCAGAGGACAAAUAUUUCGCCUCAGCUAGGGCAGCCCUUGGAAAUGGAAACACUCGUCAAGUGCUAGAGUAUUUAUGCUUCAUGCAACUCCGUGAUGGGAAUGCAUUUAGCACCGGACUCCGUGAAGUAUUCAACGGGUGGGACCGUUGGCUUGUGAUCACGGAGGAUAACCGAGCAUAUCUUACCUGGUUCCCCUGGGGAACUCAAAUCGAUAGGUUGAGCAAGUGCCAUCUUAUCUGGACCUGUCCGGGACAUAAUGAAUGGGCGUUACUCGGUGAGCCUACCCCAGAAGCAGGUCAAUAUAGGAAG